ACAGGGCACGGAGUGAAACCCGAUCGUCCACGGGGCGGGAGCAAAAGCCGGCGAAGCAGCGACUUCUGUGUAUCCGUGCGGCUGCCGCGGCCUCGGCAGCUCCUCCUCCCGGGUCUCUGGGUGCCGCUGGGCCGGGUGUCUCCAGAGGAGGGCCUUGCCCGGAUGUACUACACACUGACUCAUAAUCCAAUCGACACCGCCGCGGCAGGCAGCGAGACACACACACACACACACACACACACACAGAGCCGGGCUCCCGCUUCGCUCUCCGCCUCCCCUCCCCGACAGCAGGGGCCGGCCUGGAACGCACGUAGCCCCCCGCCCCUGCCGCCGCGCGCACCCCGAGGCGCCGGGGACGGGCACUUGCUCCCGGGCUGCUCCCGCCGCCGCCGCCCAGCGCUAGCCGCCGCCCCGCCCCGCCGGGUCCCCGGUGCUCCCGCGUGUCCCUCCCCGGCCGCUGGCUAGAGGCGCAGGCAGCUGCCCUGAGCAGGACCCAGAGAGCGGCUCUCCUCCGGGCAGGAACAUGGCAGAUAAUCUAAGUGACGCCUUGAAGAAGCUGAAGAUAACAGCCAUUGACAGCACAGCAGAUAGCUUGGAAGGAUGCUUGGAUUGCCUGCUUCAAGCCCUGGCUCAAAACAAUACCGAGACAAGUGAAAAAAUCCAAAAAAGUGGGAUUCUUCAGGUGUUUGCAAGUCUGUUGACUCCACAGUCUUCCUGCACGGCAAAAGUAGCUAACAUCAUAGCAGAAGUAGCCAAAAAUGAAUUUAUGCGGAACUCAUGUGUGGAUGCUGGGUUGAUCCCUCCACUGGUGCAGCUCUUAAACUGCAAAGACCAGGAAGUGUUGCUUCAGACAGGACGUGCCCUGGGCAAUAUAUGCUAUGAUAGCCAUGAGGGCAGGAGUGCAGUUGACCAUGCAGGUGGUGCACAGAUUGUAGUAGACCAUUUAAGGUCACUGUGCAGUAAAACAGAUCCAGCCAAUGAGAAGCUCUUGACUGUCUUUUGUGGCAUGCUGAUGAACUAUAGCAAUGAGAAUGAUACCCUGCAAUCUCAACUUAUCAAUAUGGGCGUUAUCCCUACGUUAGUGAAAUUGUUGGGCGUUCAUUGUCAAAAUGCAGCUCUGACUGAAAUGUGCCUUGUUGCAUUUGGCAAUUUAGCAGAACUUGAAUCAAGCAAAGAGCAGUUUGCCUACACAAACAUUGCUGAAGAGAUUGUAAAACUAUUCAAGAAACAAAUAGAACAUGACAAAAAAGAGAUGAUUUUUGAAGUUUUGGCUCCUCUGGCAGAAAAUGAUAUCAUUAAACUGCAGCUGGUUGAAGCGGGCCUGGUUGAGUGUCUACUUGAGAUUGUCCAGAAGACUGUAGACAGUGACAAAGAGGAUGACAUAGCUGAGCUUAAAACAGCCUCUGAUCUUAUGGUUUUACUACUACUCGGAGAUGAAUCCAUGCAAAAGUUAUUUGAAGGAGGAAAAGGCAGCGUCUUCCAAAGGGUGCUUUCAUGGAUUCCUUCCAAUAACCAUCAGCUACAGCUUGCAGGAGCACUGGCUAUUGCAAAUUUUGCAAGAAAUGAUGGAAACUGCAUCCAUAUGGUGGAUAAUGGGAUAGUUCAAAAGCUGAUGGAUCUACUAGACAGACAUGUGGAAGAUGGAAAUGUAACUGUGCAGCAUGCAGCACUGAGUGCACUCAGAAACCUGGCUAUUCCUGUUGUAAAUAAGGCUAAGAUGCUAUCAGCUGGCGUUGCAGAAGCAGUACUUAAAUUUCUCAGAUCGGAGAUGCCCCCGGUUCAAUUCAAGCUGCUGGGAACGUUAAGAAUGUUAAUAGAUGCACAAGCAGAAGCUGCUGAACAGCUGGGAAAGAAUGUGAAAUUGGUUGAACGGUUGGUGGAAUGGUGUGAAGCCAAGGAUCAUGCAGGUGUGAUGGGGGAGUCAAACAGACUGCUUUCUGCACUUAUACGACAUAGCAAAUCAAAAGAUGUAAUUAGGACCAUUGUUCAGAGCGGUGGCAUCAAGCAUUUAGCUACCAUGGCAACUAGUGAACACGUAAUAAUGCAAAACGAAGCUCUUGUCGCUUUGGCACUAAUAGCAGCGUUAGAAUUAGUCACUGCUGAGAAGGAUCUCGAAAAUGCUAAACUAGUCCAGAUUCUACACAGACUGCUCUCAGAUGAGAGGAGUGCUCCAGAAAUCAAAUACAACUCCAUGGUGUUGAUCUGUGCUCUUAUGGGAUCUGCUUGGACGUUGGGCCUCUACUAGAUACACUGGGCCUAGUUCUCCACUCACACUGGCUGUACACGGACAUAACUCCACUGACUAUGGUGAAGUCCCUCCUAAUUUACAGUGUUGAGAGAGAAGGAAAUCAACUCUACCAUGUGUACAGAAGGCUGUAUAACAACUCAGUGCUGGAUAAUAUUAGAGUACAUUUUUUGCAUGAUAAGUAAUAUGUAAUAGUAAUUACUCAGUCUAUAGUUCCUGCAUGGUGCUGAGUUCUCCCUAAUUUCCGGACCUCAGGGGCACUCAGCACUUUGGCGUACACGCAUAUAGCAGGGAGUUUAGCAUUUGCCUUUAACUCCAUGUUUCCUAUCACUUGCACACUUAGUUUUUCUUAACACUACAGUAAAGUUAGGGUUGGUUCUCUCCCCCUCACCCCGAGUAAGGAAUCUCCUUAUUUUUGUUUUAAAUGAAAAAAAUUAAAAGAAAAAAUUAAAAAACCAGACAUGCUAGAAAAUGGAAAAAGAAAAUACAAAGAAUAAAUGGAAAUGGGUGAUAAAAGAAACAAGCACUGCUAAAAUACUUAAAAUGGUGCCUGCAUGUCACCUCUUUGCUUGGGGUGGGGGGCUCUCCCUCCCCGGGGAAAGCCCUGUGCUCUAUAGGCCUUAACUGCUCAUGCCAACAUUCUGAGCCACUUUACUCUAGGGCACUGUGUAAAGAUGAACAAAACCUGUUCUAACAGCCCCUGUAAACAGGACACCUUUAAAC